AUGGCUACUCAGAAGGCUAAGAUGCACACAGUCACCAUUGAGGCUGAAGUCCACCCAGAAGAGGCCAUUAAAGCAGCUACAAGAGCCUCUCCGGGGAUGUUAGCUGUUGUAGAUUCACAGGAAGAGCAGGAGUCAGUAGGAAGCAUCAAUGAAGAGGUUCAGGAUGAACUGUCAAGUCCCAAGUCAAAGAGUAGAUCACCAGUGCUAAUUCAGGAUGCUGAUGCAGUGGAAGUUCCUGCAGAGGAAGAUAUCGAAGAGUUUGAUGGGGUUACAUCCAUUGCAGACAACAACAGCAGCAAAGGCGAUGACCCCACGUUAUUAAAGAAAGAUCUGGAAGAGAUAGUUAAUGAGGAGACUAGACUGGCUUCACCCCAAAGAAGAAAAAUGUUUGAGGCAGACGCAACUUCUGAUAGGACGAUAAGAGAGAGGUCUAGUCAAAGCACAUCCAGCAUAAGUGAAGAAGCAACAGAGCCAGCUGUUUCUGACACUGUAGAAGAACUGACAGGAAAAGAGAGUCAGGCUCAAAGGAGUAAUGUGAGAGCGAUUAUGGCAUCAUCAGAUCUCGGCCCAGCAGCCACAGCAAGCCAGACAGAUGAGAGUGACGAAGAAGAAGAAUUCCUGUUGCCAACACUUCUCAGAAGAAAAAGUGUGAUGCCAGAAAUGGAAGCAGAGAUGCCAGAUGAGAGUUUAGAUACAUCCAAUGAUGUCAGCUUGGGAGAAUAUAGGGAAGUAUCCAUAAGAGUGCCAGAUCUCGACAAUUCCCAGGCUGCUGUGAACAAGCAGGUGCAGGGGACAUCAGAGGCUAAUGAUCACACUUCCAGCAUCCACAAGGCCACACUAGCCACCAUUGCCUCUAACCCAAAGCAGAUGACAAUGAAAGAGUUCUUGGAAAAGUUGGCAGCAAAGCCAAUGCAGGCUCCAGUCCCUACUAAGCAAGAAGGUCCACGUCUGGCUUCUCUGCUUAAGUAUACCAAGCCACAGACACCAAGGAAAGUCAGCCUCAGACGUCCCAAGGCUGAUAAGAACCCAAAGAAGGAGCUCCCAAAGAGGCUUUCCAAAGCUGCAACUAGAGACUUAUUCUCACACUUUGCCAAAUGCAGGCUCACUCCUGAUGGCUUGAACCAGCUCCUAAAGGUGAGUGAAGAAUACUGGAAAAACUGCUGCUCAGACCUGGCCAACUUUGUGGCAGCGAGAGGGGGCGUGAAAGAAGUACAGGCCAAGGAUGUGAAGAAGCUAAUGAAACGUCAGGGGCUCAUGUCUUCAGAGGAGGACUUACAGAUCUUGGUUCAGAAGUACCUUCCUGCUGAGGAGUGGAAUCACCUUAUCCCAACAGCUUAUGCAAAGGGGAACAUAUACCCACUCCCUCCUGAUUCAUAG